AUAUUCAUUAUUCACAUUCAGUUGUUCAACGUCGUGUAAUCGUGGUGGCCGAGUUAUACUGUAAUCUAGUAAAAUAAACAAACUUACAUAAAUAGAAGGAUAAUCUUUAUCUUAUCGUGUACUUGCAAUAAAUCGAUCAUGAAAAUUCACCAUAAAGUAUUUGAAGCGAACGUGCUAUGAUGUGCUAUUUCGAGUAAAAAGUAUUGUAGUGUUAACAUUUUGAGAAUAAAUAAUUUUGAGUGAAAAAAUGCCUUCCGGACAGAGAGAAGGUACGGUAUCAAUACCGCUGACUCCGACUAGAUCAGAUUUAUAUUGGCGCAGAAUUUUCAACAAGUACGACAAAGACAACGAUGGACGAAUAUCCUACGUAGAACUCAAAGGUAUAAUAGAGUCGAGGGAAUACGACCACGAUUUACCAGACAAUGUCGUGGAUAAGAUCAUGAGUCUCGCGGACAGGGACAACUCUGGUUAUCUGGACUUCGCCGAAUUCGUCGAAAUGAUGCACAAUCCCGAUUUGAAAGCAGUAUUCGGACAUUUCGUCGCGAGAUACAUUCAUUCAAUAAUUCCCCAUAGAGGCCCUGUGGAUACGACUGACAGGUGGACAGGAUUCAGAGCUGUAUCUUCGUCAGAUGGCGUCCAAAGCCAUAGCAAAAGCAUAUUCACAUACACAGACGGGACAUACGAAGAGGAGUACAGUUGCUGGCCACCAGCGAUCUGCAUGAUACUGAUAUCAAUUAUUGAAAUUGUGCUGUUCUGUUAUGACGCCAGUCAUGGCAAGACUGAUGCAACGGGACCCAUCGCUCAGAUAUUUAUUUACAACCCUCAUAAGAGGCAGGAAGCUUGGCGCUUCCUCACUUAUAUGCUGGUGCAUGUCGGCGUAGUCCAUCUCCUAGUUAACUUACUGGUGCAAUUGUUUCUCGGUGUACCGCUAGAGAUGGUACAUCGAUGGUGGCGUGUUAUGCUAGUCUAUCUCGCUGGGGUGGCGGCUGGCUCACUGGCUACUAGUCUCACUGAUCCAAAAGUUUAUCUCGCUGGUGCUUCUGGUGGUGUCUACGCUCUGGUUGCGGCUCACAUCGCGACCAUAAUUAUGAAUUGGGCGGAAAUGGAAUUCGCGAUAAUUCAAUUACUCGUUUUCCUACUUCUGGCAACGGUGGAUAUCGGUACAGCCGUGUACGAUCGUUAUUGGAGGCAUUUGCAGCAAAAUAUUGGAUAUGUUGCGCAUUUGGCUGGCGCUGUAGCCGGUCUCCUGGUUGGUAUCGGUGUUCUUCGUAACCUCGAAAAGAGGAAAUGGGAGAAACGUCUGUGGUGGGCAGCCGUUGUGCUGUACUUCUCUCUGAUGUUAAUCGGUGUGCUGGCUAACAUAUUCUGGAAGACACAUUUCCAGUAAUCGUAUUACAGCAACGUGCCACGAGAAAUGGGGCCAUAUAUUUGUAAUUUAAGAGGAGAAUUUAUUUGAUUGUAUGCAAAUUUUUUUGUCAUAUUUUAGACAUGCUAAGCUAAUUUAUUUCAAAAUAAAUAUGUUCACAAUGCAACAUAAAAAAUACUUGUAAAUAUCGAAAUUCGAAAUCCAAAUUCGAUUUUACUUAAUGUGAAGAUAAAAAUGUAAUUUUAUGUUCCAUAACGUUCCUCGGCCUCUCGUAACGGGGGCCUCUCAGUUGCGAUAUGAUGAAAAAAAUGUUUUCCAUAAUCGUCCAAUAAAUUCUUAUAUAAAAUCCCACCUUCCUAGUAAAAAUCAUUCCUCAACUUGACAUAAUAAGAGGUUUCUUUUAGAGUGCAUAAAACCUGCUAGUAAUUGUAAGAUAUAGAUGUGUGUGUUAGGAAUAUUUAUUUUCAUUGUAAGUCUUGUUGUGUGCUGCUAUGCUCAAUUUAUUGUUAUUGUAUAUUGCAUUAAGUCUUUUAAAUAUGCAAUUAGGCCUCGUCCAGAACCCAUUUAUUAAAAACUUAAGUUAUCAGCCUAGUUCAACAACAUUUUAUUAUUAUUCAAAUGCUAAAAUGUUUGACGUGUAGAAUAAUAAAUAAAAGGGCAAAAACACAUUAUUGUAUAAGUGUCAUACACAAGAUUGACUUUUGGUGUUGCCAUCGUUCAUUGUUAUUCGUUGGCUUACCAUCUAUAAUAUGUAUUUUAAUGCAGUAUUAAAAAAAUAUAUUUAUGUAAAACUUCAUGAAAUUCAUAACGUUAGGUAUUAUUUAAAUUUAAA